GUGGCGUUCUUUUCCCAUGCAUCACACACGGGAUAAUGGAAAGAGAGAAAAAGAAGGUGGUCAGCCAUGAAGUACAUUAUUCAUUACCUUACUGAUUACAUUAUCUUCAUCUACCCUCUACAUCUCUUGCCAAUUAUUUCUUGAAUUGGUCAUCGCCUCCGCUGCACUAUUCAUGUAUUGCCAAAAAUCAUGAAGGUUUUCCUCGUCUCAUUUGCUGUAUGUAUGUGUUCUAAUCCUCUAGGUGUCUUUGGAUUUGCUUCUACCAUGAAUCUUUUCCUCCCUAGCCUGCUUACACCUAUUCUGUGAUGCGAUCUUAUAUUUUUGUAUUCCCUCUUAUGCUUAUUGCUGACUUACAUACGGAGUAGAUAGAUGAGGAAAUCUCCAUAUUUUUCUUCUCUUCCAAGCUUUUCUCUUUACCUUCCCGUCCACAAGAUCUCUAGCUUCCCCACAUCCACUAGCUAGUUGUCAUCAUGGGCCAACUUACGGAAAGGCAGAUUGAAAUCUUAAUCAUCAUUGAACGUAUCACAGCGUCGUUUUCGGUAUUAGGAACAUUGCUUUUGUUUGCUACAUUUAUCUUCAUCAAAUCUUUCAGAACAUUGUCAAAUACAAUUAUCUUUUAUGCUUCUUUUGCAAAUCUUUUUGCUAAUGUUGCGGCACUUAUUGGAGGUUCUGCAUUAUCGAAAGUUAAUUCACCACUAUGUCAAUUUCAAGGCUUCUUGUUGGAGAUGUAUAAAAUAAUCCAGCCUUUUGUAUUCUACCGCCGCUGACGAAAGAAAAGGUUCAUGCAGAGCGAUCCAUGGUGGAGUUUGGCUAUGGCUACGAAUGUCUACCUCGUCUUCUUUUACCGAUUUGAUGCCGCUCAAUUGAAGAAACUUUAUCCUUAUUAUGCAUUGAUAUGCUAUGGUCUUCCCUUCAUUCCAGCCAUGGUCUGUCUACUUGUCAAAACUAAAGAGAAAAGAAGGAUCUACGGAAACGCAACAGUAUGUAACAGUCCAUUUCCUCAAAUCGUCAAACGGAGAACUUAUACAUAUAUAGCUUUGGUGUUGGAUUGAUGGUUCAUGGGCACCUCUCCGUAUCUAUAGCUAUUACGUGCCAAUCUGGUUAACCAUCCUCGCUGCAUUAUGUAUCUAUGUUCGAAUUGGAAUCAGGGUUUUUCAUACACGCAACCAACUUCAUGGAUUUGCCCACAAAUCAGAUCCCUCUCUGCCUACAGAUACUGGGGGAAAAUCGCCCAUUCCCCUUCAAAAUACCAUAUCCAACACAUCCGAAGCAACGAACAAAGAAUAUGAAAGCGAGCAUGGCCAACCAAUAUUCACCGGAACCCGAACUACUGAGAUUGAAGUUACGCAUGGCUUGUGGGAAAAUGGAAUGGCUAUCAACACAGAACCGAUUUCUCAAAACCCUGACCCGUCUGAUUCAAAUCAUAUAAGAGCUCCUACGAAGAAUCCGGAAACCAAUUACCGUGUAACUAUCUCCGCCCUACCGCGCAUUAAUACGACAACGGUGACAGAGAGUAGAAGAGGAACUGCAAAUAGUUUUGAUAGGAUAAAAUGGGCUUAUGCUAAAUGCGCUAUUCUGUUUGCUAUGUCUAUCUUGGUAACCUGGGUACCCGCAUCAGUAAAUCGAGUCUACGGAUUGAGAUUCCCUGAUAAACCAUCAUUUAUACUAAACAUAGGAUCUGCCCUUGUUCUCCCUUUACAAGGAUUUGUAAGUCUCUGUUUCCCACGCCACUCGAGAUACCAGUAACUAAUAUAUAAUAGUGGAACACCAUAAUAUACUUCACCACCUCUCUAGGAAUCUGUCGCAGCGUCUGGGCCGAUUUUCGAGGCCCCUCAAACCAACAUAAGCGAACCGAAGGAUUCCGCAUGAUGAAUAGACCGAUGACUGGUAAUCGAAGAGCAGAGAUGAAGGAAACGGAAAGUAUGGUGGAAUUAAGCACUAGUAGAUCACAUACUACUCUUAGUGUGAGUGCAGAUUGUGAUAGGGUUUAAAGGGGAAGUACGGGAAAAGGAUGAUUGGAAGAAUAUGAUUUUGUUACAAUGGAAUGCAAUGUUUGUUCAUAUUCAUAUAUAAAUAUUUAAUGAUAGGAUGGGAUGGGAUGGGAUGGCGUGACGGCUGACUUUGGGAAGACAAAAUUGGAAAAGGAGUUGGAUAUCGAUAUAUUUUUUUAUUCUUUUCUAUUCUGUUUAUCUGGGAGACUUUCCACGAGGGGAUUAACAGGAUCGUAAUACAUAUACACAAAAGUCAAAAUAUAAAAACGAAAAGU